AUGGUACUCAUCCAGGACCACUGCUCCAAGGAGAUACGGUCAAGGAUCCUAAACUGUAAGGACGCCGCAGAGGCAUGGGAGGAAUUGAAGAGCACGUAUGGGCCGCAGCUGAGCAGGCCCCCGGAUAUGCUAGGGGAGUUUGUGAGUUAUGUGCCACAGGCGGGAAUGCGGGUGUCGGAUAUGGCGGAGGAUCUGGCUAAGCUCCAGCACGAUAUUGCGGAGGUGUGUCGGGAGGAAAGGCCGUCAGAUAUGAUGAAGACGGCUGUGUUGCUUAGGGCGGCGGAUGACGUGGUAAGGGCCGCAGGGGAUAAGGGUUGGGCGGUUUUAUGGGCAAUGAGGGGGCGGGAGUUUUUAGAGGUGCUGCGGGCGCUUGUGACGCUUGAAGAGGAGGUUACGAAGAGAAAAAGGGUGGAGGAAGGGAAUAGAGGCGGUCGAAAGAGAGGUCGAAGACGGCAAUAG